GAGUCACCUAACUUUAUCGUAACUCGUCAAGCUCACCUCUCGCAUUGCAUCAGCUCUCCGCCGUCCUCUGCAUCUUCGCUUCCUCGCCAUGGAUCGGACUCAGCUUCUCCUACUAGGAUUACCGCUCUUUCUCCUCUGCAGCGAUCUCGUCAAUCUCUUUGCUCCUCCGCCGCCGCCUCCUCCGAAGCCCCACCAUCCCCACCACCCUCACCAUCACAAGCCCAAGCCUCCUCCAUACACCCCUGAAACCCUAGAGAUUCCAUCGCAGCAAGCAAGUGGACUUGGGGGAAUCGGUUUCGGCAGUACCGUGAAUAUCAACUUCUGCACUUCUUGUUCGUACAAGGGAAAUGCAUUGACAAUCAAGAAGAUGUUGGAAACUGCUUUCCCUGGGAUUGAUGUUAUUCUUGCAAACUAUCCUCCACCCCUGCCAAAGCGCCUUCUAGCUAAAGUUGUUCCCGUUGUUCAAUUUGGAGCUCUUGGAAUCUUAGUUGCAGGUGAACAGUUAUUUCCUAUGCUGGGGAUGACCCCACCUCCUUGGUAUUAUUCUCUGCGUGCAAAUAGAUUUGGGUCCAUAGCAAGCAUCUGGCUUCUUGGCAACAUGGUGCAAUCUUUUCUGCAAAGCUCUGGGGCUUUUGAGGUUUACUGCAAUGGUGAACUGGUUUUCUCCAAACUGAAAGAGGGCAGAUUUCCAGGUGAAAUUGAGUUGAAAGAACUCAUUGGAACAACACUGGCAAAAUCAAGCGUCACUGGCAAUAGCUGGGCAUGAAGACCUCAAACUGGACACAAUUUUAUGUUGCAGAAAAGACCAAGAUGCAGAUUACUUGGUUCUUUUUUUUUUUUUGAAAAAUCAAAGAUGACCAGGUUAUGUAUGUUCUCUGUAUUUGGAUCUUUGACAUUUUCCUUUUUAUAUCUAUGGAUGGCACAUUUCACUUGAAGAAUGAUGUAAACCAUACGAAUGUUGAAGCCUGAAAUAUUUCAUCACAAGCAAAACCCUGUAUCAUAUACCCAAAUUGGUUUUGAUAAUGGUUAAAUCAACGACUGAACAUGCCUCUC